CCCUUCCGUUCCCUCGUUUGUUUUAGACUUCCAGCGAAGCAGGAGAAAAAAAUCGUCUCGUCUCUUCUCUUCUUCCCGCAGUCCGGAUUCACGAUCAGGUUCCAGAGAAACCCCGUCUGAUCCGCGAGAUGGCGGAGCAGCCCAACCCCCAGCCCCAAGUGGUGGAGAAGGAGGUGGUGGUGGAGCGGCAGCAGGAGGCGAGGAGGGCCCCGAAGCUGAGGUACCUGGAUUUCGUCCAUGUGGCGGCGGCGCAGGCCGCGGUGUGCCUCGCGGGGCUCUACGGGCUCGCCAAGGACCACGCCGGCCCGCUCCGCCCCGGCGUCGACGCCGUCGAGUCCACGGUCAAGGGCGUCGUCGGCCCCGUCUACGACCGCUUCCACGGCGUGCCCCUCGACGUCCUCGCCUUCGUCGACCGCAAGGUGGAUGACACGGUGCACGAGGUGGAGAAGCACCUCCCCGGCGCGUUGAAGGCCGCGUCAGCGCAGGCCUACGCGGUGGCCCGCGGCAUCCCGGAGGUGGCGCGCGAGCUGGCCGCCGAGGCGCAGCGAUCCGGCGUGAAGGGCGCGGCCCGCGCGGCGCUCGCCAAGGUGGAGCCCGUGGCCAAGGACGUGUACGGGCGCGUGGAGCCGGUGGCCAGGGACCUGUACGUGCGCUACGAGCCGGCGGCGGAGCACCUCGCCGUCUCCACCUGGCGCACGCUCAACGGCCUCCCGGUGUUCCCGCAGGUCGCUCAGAUCGCGGUGCCCACCGCGGCGUACUGGGCCGAGAAGUACAACAAGGUGAUCGCCGCCGCGGCCGAGCAGGGCUACACCGGGGCCAAGUACCUCCCGGCCAUCCCCACCGAGCGCAUCGCCAAGGUGUUCGCGUCGUCGCCGGAGGCCGAGGCCCAGUAGUGUGUUUAUGCCGUUAGCGCAUUACCAUCACCCUGAUGAUGGGUUAAGCUCUGGAUUGCCCUCGAACUGAAACUUGAAUAAGAAAGUGAGAACCCGGGGGCUUAAGUUUGGUGGUAAUGUUGUACUAGAUAUGGUGGUGGGACGUUGUCACGGACCAUGAUGAUGUAGUCCACUAGCGCUCUGCUUUGUGUGGUGCUCUGCUUUCUCUGCCUUUGUAUAAAAGUCGGUCGAUGUCGCAAUCUUUGGCUAAUCCGAUGCGAUUAGGUUA